AUGGAACGAUCAAGGCCUCAGGCUUUUCAAUCAUCUUAUGCGCCUCGCCUGCGCGCUUACAACAACUCUCUCCUGACGCCAGUGCUGCCCAGUGCGCCCUCGGGACCCCUCUCGAGAACGACGAAGCGAGGCACCACCAUCAUAAACUACGCCGAGGAUGGUUACGAUGACUUGGAAGAAGAUAGUGACGACACCCGCCGUCGACCGACUGGCCUAAGGAGUCUGCGCAAGGAAGAUUCUGCAUCCAGACAAGAUUUGGCUGAGAAGGCUGGCAAAGACACCAAGGAGCCCGUGGAAGUUCAAGGCAUCUGGCGCGACUGGAUGGGCAAGAACCGAGCACUAAAGAGCGACCAACAGAAUGCUGCGCAAGCAAGCCUUCCCCUCACCCUGAUUCCUAUACGAAUCGAUCUCGAUAUACCGGCGUUUGUCCCUGCUGCGGCCUUUCCUAUCCCAAAUACCGUUGCAGUCGAUAGCUCUCUUCCUCAAUAUCGACCCGGUGAGAUGACAGUGCCGUACAAGCUUAGAGACAUAUUUUGCUGGAAUCUGCACGAAACACUCAUUACUACUGACCAGUUUGCGCAGACUCUCGCCCAGGACCUGGACCUGCCUAACCGCGGCGUGGUGGUUGCGGAGAUUAGCAAACAAAUUAGAACUCAGCUUGAGGAAUAUGCAGGCGUUGCGCUUCAUCCAUUGUUCCACACGGAACAAAAUACACCGGCAGCGGUGCCGGCGCCGGCGGCCACAGGUGGUGCCAAUGGGACGGCUGUUGGAACACCGAGGCCGAGCCUGAUGAUGAAGUCGAGAGAAGACUCGCCGGCUUCGAUUGCCAGAGCACUUUCACGGCCAGAUACUCCUGCUCGAGGUGGCGCCGGCGUAGCAACCCCGUCGCAGACUGCAGCACCAAAUGUCACGGCGGAAGCUACACCGAUCCUGCCGGACUCUGACGACUAUAACCCCGAUGAUACCUACCGUUGCAUCAUCAAUUUAAGCCUCAACCUGUCAUCUAUGUUGUAUACAGACAAGUUCGAGUGGUCACUACUUCAUCCUCCUGGCACAGCCGAGGCGUUUGCAAAGAUGACUUGUGCAGAUCUGGGAUUAACAGGCGAAUGGAUACCGGCAAUGACCCACGCAAUCUAUGAAGCCGUUCUACGGCUGAAGAAGGAGGCUUGCGAAGCCGGUGGCUUGGUUGCUGGCUGGGGUGGACUACAACAAGACUUGCCCAACGAUGCGGCUUUGGGGACGGAAGCAGGGUGGAGGUAUGAUCCGGACCAUUUGGCGGAUGAUUGGGAGCCCAAGGUUGAAUUCCUGAGCAAGGAGGAAAUAGAAAAACGAGAAGGCGAACGGGAACGAGAAGCCCGGCGAUUGCGUCGUGAGACGGCGCGAUUUAGCUCGACAGCCGGCAUGCUGGGAGGCACGCCUUUCGGCGCCCCUGCGGAAGUGGAGGAGGAGAGGAUGGGCAGAGGCGAACGAUCGAAGAAGAAGCGACGGUUUAGAAGUCUCAGCCCGCUGAACCGCAGCGGAACGCCUGGAGGUCGUGGAACCCCAGAUGUCGGUGGCUACGGCGGUGGAGGCGCAUUGACAGACGUCGAGAGACACACAUGGAGGUGCACACACUGUCGAGUAUGGGGAACCAGUGUAUGGGCAGUUCGCGAUGGUCCUGCCGGCCCCAAGUCUCUAUGUGCAAACUGUGGGUAUUCAUAUGAGCGUGAUCGCAAGCUCCCUCGCCAAACCAAAAACCUGCACAUGCAAGAUCCUCGAGCGGCCUAG